GCUGUUUUGCUGCCGCGUCCGAGCCUCUUCACGCGUUUUUGCCUUAUCGGGAGGCAUGGAGAAGUGUAUCAACGAUUGGCAAAGAUGCCGUCCGCUCGAUGCACCAAUCCAUAGACCCGCAUCGGCUCCUCUGCGGGUGCCAGUAGGAAGGCGAGCGCGUUCCGUGACUGAUCGAUUGAUCGAUUGACAGACAGCCAGUCCGGCUUUUUGUGAGGCGCACAUGAAGGUCGCCGCCACUGACAGAGUCGAGCUCUUCGACUGCAGUGCAUCAUAAACUGCGAUUGAAACCUGUGGUCCGUUUUCUGCUGUCCUCUUCAUCCUGCGUCCGGUAGAACUCCUUUGUGUCUUGUGUUUUCCUGCAGUGCAGUGUGUGUUUUGUUGACCGGGUGCUGUGAUGUCGAGCGCUCUUGACUGACCUGCAUUGCGCCUUCCUCUCGUUGCUAUUGCGCUGUUUCAAUCGCACCUUCUGUUGCGGAACAACCUGCGCCUGCCCGUUGCUUAAUGCGUUGAAUUUUUCGGCAGGACUUCCAGUACUCUUGUUUUCUACUUGGGCUUCCCAGCCAGCGCCUGCAUCUCACGCGUUGCUUUGGAGGAGAUUUGUCUUCACUGGCACAUGCUAUUUGGCAACACUGGUUGUGUCUUCACCUUUUCGCUGGCUUGCCUGCGAUCCAACCUCGACGAGAACACUUGAGAGCGACCAAAUACAUUGCUCUAUCGCCUGUUGCAGUGUUUUAGUCUUCCCCUCGUUCCGAUAUUGCCUCCCGCUUUUCGCCAAAAACUCCUCGAUCGGUCUCCUACCAACGAGCUUGAAGACCAUGGGUCGUCUUACGAGUUCCGUCCUCCUGGUGCUGGCGGCCCUCUGCGUCAGUAUCAAUGCAAUCCCAACAAUUUCAGCAGUCGGCUCCAAAUUCUUCACAAGCGACGGUAAUCAAUUCUUUAUUAAAGGUGUUGCCUAUCAAUUGAUCGAAGAUGACCCUCUUGUCAAUGCCACCCAAUGCAAACUCGAUGCUACCGUUAUGCAGCAACUGGGUGCCAAUGCAAUCCGUGUAUACCACGUCGAUCCAUCAGCGGAUCACCAAGGGUGCAUGAACGCAUUUGCUGCGGUUGGGAUCUAUGUGUUUGUAGACAUGGACAGUUUCAAAACCUACAUUCGUCUGAACUCCGGAGCUGCGUGGACGCAGAACAAAUCUGAAUCCUAUCGGGCAGUCCUGGACAACUUCCAACAGUACGACAACACAGCCGGCUUGUUCGUGGGAAAUGAAGUCCUCAAUACCUUGGAUGACGCAGGAUCUGCUCCUUACCUUCUCUCCGCUGCUGUUGAUCUCAAGAGCUACCGAGAUGCCAAAGGGUACCGCAAGAUCCCCAUUGGCUACUCGGCCACAGAUACCGCCGUGCUUCGACCCAUGCUGCAGAACUAUCUGGUGUGCCGUCCUAACGUGACGGAGCGUCUGGACUUCUAUGCCCUGAACAGCUAUGAAUGGUGCGGGUCGACGCCUACUUACAACACUUCCGGUUACUCGGCGUUGCAAGCAGAUGCCGAAAAUUACCCCGUUCCGAUCUUCUUCUCCGAGGAUGGUUGCAAUACGGUUCCACCUCGCACUUUCGACGACCAGGCCGCCAUUUUUGGACCCGAUAUGGUCAACACAUGGUCCGGGGCGAUGAUCUACGAGUGGAUCCAAGAAAUGAACCAGUACGGCUUGGUUUCCUAUGGACCGCAAGUCGGUGCCGAUGUUAAUCAAGGCUCGAGUAUCAUUCAAGGAUUCACCCGCCAGGGCACGCCUACCCCGGUGCAACCCGAUUUCAGCAACCUCCAGCAACAAUGGAAGACGUUGACCCCGACAGGAGUGAAGUCCGCGGACUAUGUGGCCAGCAUGACGACGACUCCGCCGCCGUGCCCAAGUUCAACAGCUGGAGGAUGGACGGUCGAUCCCAGUGCGCCUCUGCCCACCAUGGGAGCGGAGGGCGUCUCCACAGUUAGCUCAUCAUCCGGAGGUGGAAGCAGCACAUCGGGUGCGGCCAGCUCUGCCACCCACAAAGGUGCGGCUGGUCGAUUGGGUGCUGGCUCGCCAUCAUUCGACGAUGCUGGAAUCUUGGCGAUGGUGGUGUCUUUGAUUGCGGUUGGCGCAGGUAUGGCCUUCUUGCUCUGAGACAGACUCUUUCGGGGCACGUCAUUUUUACGGUGUGACGACAACAUGACUGAGGGGUUGUUUGGCGGAAAACUUCGAGAUGUGGCUUUCAGUUUGCACAUAGAGAUUGACGACGAUGCGCGGCCACGUUCGUUCCACAUGUUGCACAUGAUGGAAGGUGGUUAACACUCUCAAGUAAUGUAUUAAAGAACAGAAAUAGACUUCAAAAGUUGCACAGGCA